AGGUUCUUGGCAUUGAGAAAUCUGGACUAUUCGGACAUUGUCAACAUUCACAAAAGAGAGUCGAUAAGAGAUAUUUUGAGUCAAGAGCUGGAGUGAACGAGCGGAAAGUAGGGUGAAGGAUAGGGUGGGUGCGGGACCCAAGUUAUUUAGGACCGGCCCUGAACUCAAUCGAUAAGCAACUGUCCACCAAAAACUUUCGUCUCACCCCUCAAGAGUUUUGCGGCCCCGGUGUGCUCGUUGUACUCUCUCACUUCCCUCCUACUUUUACCUGCGAUCUCUCACUGAGUCGCAGAGACCUUUCUUCUGUAUCAGUACCACUGUAAAAGCUAGUCGCCAUGGUUAACUUCACCGUAGGCCAGAUUCGGGAGCUUAUGGACCGCCCGACAAACAUUCGUAACAUGUCCGUCAUUGCUCACGUCGAUCACGGAAAGUCCACCCUCACCGACUCCCUUGUCUCCAAGGCCGGUAUUAUCGCCAGUGCUAAGGCUGGAGACAUGCGGUUUACGGACACAAGGGAGGACGAAAAGGAGCGUGGUAUUACUAUCAAGUCUACCGCCAUCUCCAUGUACUUCGAGGUCGACAAGGAGGAUGUCGGCGCAAUUAAGCAAAAGACUAUUGGCAACGAGUUCUUGAUCAACUUGAUUGACUCUCCCGGUCACGUCGAUUUCUCUUCAGAGGUCACAGCCGCUCUCCGUGUCACCGAUGGUGCCCUCGUUGUCGUCGACUGUGUUGAGGGUGUUUGUGUCCAGACCGAGACUGUGCUUCGCCAAGCUCUUACCGAGCGUAUCAAGCCCGUCGUCAUUAUCAACAAGGUUGACCGUGCUCUCCUCGAAUUGCAAGUCGACAAGGAGGCGCUCUUCCAGUCCUUCCGUCGCACAAUCGAGAACGUGAACGUUAUCAUUUCUACCUACCACGACGAGACUCUUGGUGAUGUCCAGGUCUACCCCGAGAAGGGUACCGUCGCUUUCGGUUCCGGUCUUCACGGCUGGGCAUUCACCCUCCGUCAGUUCGCCAGCCGAUACUCCAAGAAAUUCGGUGUUGACAAGGAGAAGAUGAUGGCCAAGCUCUGGGGUGACAAUUACUUUAACCCCGCUACACGCAAAUGGACUACCAAGGGUAAUGACGCCGACGGCAAGCCUCUUGACCGUGCCUUCAAUAUGUUCGUCCUCGACCCAAUCUUCAAGAUCUUCGACUCCGUUAUGAACUUCAAGAAGGAUGCCAUUGGCCCCAUGCUCGAGAAACUCGACAUCAAGCUGGCUCAGGAUGAACGUGAUCUCGAAGGCAAGGUUCUUCUCAAGGUCAUCAUGCGCAAGUUCUUGCCCGCUGGUGACUCCCUCUUGGAGAUGAUUGUCAUCAACCUCCCCUCCCCGGCAACCGCUCAACGCUACCGUGUUGAGACUCUCUACGAGGGUCCUAUGGACGAUGAGUCCGCCAUCGGUAUUCGUGACUGUGACCCCAAGGCUCCCCUCGUUUUCUACGUCUCCAAGAUGGUGCCUACCUCCGAUAAGGGACGUUUCUACGCCUUCGGUCGUGUCUUCUCCGGUACCGUCCGUGCUGGACCGAAGAUCCGUAUCCAGGGUCCCAACUAUGUCCCCGGUAAGAAGGACGAUUUGUUUGUCAAGUCUGUCCAGCGUACCGUGCUCAUGAUGGGUCGUUAUGUCGAGCCCAUUGAGGACUGUCCUGCUGGUAAUAUUUGCGGUCUCGUCGGUAUCGAUCAGUUCUUGCUCAAGAGCGGUACGCUCACCACCUCGGAGACUGCGCACAACAUGAGAGUCAUGAAGUUCUCCGUCUCCCCCGUCGUCCAGGUCGCUGUCGAGGUCAAGAACGCCGCCGAUUUGCCCAAGCUCGUCGAAGGUCUCAAGCGUCUCUCCAAGUCUGACCCUUGUGUUCAGGCUUGGAUCAAUGAGUCCGGUGAGCACAUUGUCGCUGGUGCUGGUGAGCUGCACUUGGAGAUCUGCUUGAAGGAUCUCGAGGAGGACCAUGCUGGUGUUCCUCUCAAGAAAUCCGACCCUGUCGUCGCUUACCGUGAGACUGUCAAGGCUGAGUCUUCCAUCGUUGCCCUCUCCAAGUCACAGAACAAGCACAAUCGUCUCUAUGCCAAGGCUCAGCCCAUCGAUGAAGAGCUUUCACUCGCCAUCGAGAGCGGCAAGGUCACCGCCCGCGACGAUUACAAGAUUCGAGCCCGUGUCCUCGCUGACGAGUUCGGAUGGGAUGUCACCGAUGCCAGGAAGAUCUGGUGUUUUGGUCCUGACACUACUGGCCCUAACCUCCUCGUUGAUGUUACCAAGGGUGUGCAGUACUUGAACGAAAUCAAGGAUUCGUGUGUUGCUGCCUUCCAGUGGGCAACGAAGGAGGGACCUUGUGCUGAGGAGAACAUGCGUGGUGUCCGUGUUAACAUCCUCGAUGUUACCCUGCACACUGAUGCUAUUCAUCGUGGUGGAGGACAAAUCAUCCCCACUUGCCGUCGUGUCACCUACGCCGCCUGCUUGCUCGCCACCCCUGGUAUCCAGGAGCCCGUCUACCUCGUCGAGAUUCAGUGCCCAGAGAACGCCAUCGGUGGUAUCUACUCUGUACUUAACAAGCGUCGUGGACAGGUCUUCUCAGAAGAGCAGCGUGUUGGUACACCGAUGUUCACCGUGAAGGCUUAUCUCCCCAUCAUGGAGUCCUUCGGCUUCAACGGUGAGCUUCGUGCUGCGACUGGUGGUCAAGCCUUCCCUCAAUCCGUCUUCGACCAUUGGGAGUUGAUGAAUGGAUCUCCUCUCGACAAGGGCUCCAAGAUCGAAGAACUCGUCAGGGGUAUCCGUACUCGCAAGGGUCUCAAGCCCGAUAUCCCUUCUCUCGACACCUACUACGACAAGCUGUAAGGAAAGUGGUAGAGCUCAGAAGUAUUAUUUCCGUUGUGUCAACACUGUUCUCUCGAGUGCCUGUCUUUCCUUGUUCUGUCUCUCACCAAUCAAGCAAUCGUUGUAUUCCUCCAGCUGGUUCAUCUGUUUACAUUUACGCCCUCUCAUGUCAUGUAGCACGAGUACUCUCAUAUUGCAUUUCAUUGUACUCUCUGUUCUGGUUGGAUGUUCAGUGAUCGAUCCCAACAUGAGCUUUGCUCGGCAUGAUGAGCCCGAUGUAGUGAAUCGAGCCGAUCUUUCUUGGUUUU